AUGCACGUCGUUAAGCGAGAUGGCCGCCACGAGCGGGUCAUGUUCGACAAGAUCACCUCCCGCAUCCAGAAGCUCUGCUACGGCCUCAACGUGGAUUUUGUGGACCCCGCUCAAAUCACCAUGAAGGUGAUCCAGGGCCUCUACAGCGGGGUGACCACGGUCGAACUGGACACGCUGGCGGCCGAGACGGCGGCCACUCUCACCACCAAGUACCCCGACUACGCCAUCCUGGCUGCACGGAUCGCUGUCUCCAAUCUGCACAAAGAAACGAAGAAAGUCUUCAGCGAUGUGAUGGAAGACCUCUACAACUACGUGAACCCACACAACAGCAAGCAUUCUCCCAUGAUCUCCAAGGAAACCCUGGACAUUGUACAAGCCAACAAAGAUCGACUGAACUCGGCAAUAAUCUACGAUCGGGAUUUUUCCUACAACUACUUUGGCUUUAAGACUCUGGAGCGUUCCUAUCUUCUGAAAAUUAAUUCUAAAGUGGCCGAGCGCCCCCAGCACAUGCUGAUGAGGGUCUCGGUGGGCAUCCACAAGGGCGACAUCGAGGCCGCCAUUGAGACCUACAACCUCCUGUCCGAGAAGUGGUUCACCCACGCCUCCCCCACCCUCUUCAACGCCGGCACCAACCGCCCUCAGCUCUCCAGCUGCUUUCUCCUCUGCAUGAAGGACGACAGCAUCGAGGGCAUCUACGACACGCUGAAGCACUGCGCCCUCAUCUCCAAGUCUGCGGGGGGAAUCGGGGUGGCCGUGAGCUGCAUCCGGGCCACCGGCAGCUACAUCGCCGGGACCAAUGGCAACUCCAACGGGCUGGUCCCCAUGUUGAGGGUCUACAACAACACGGCUCGCUACGUGGACCAAGGGGGGAAUAAGAGACCCGGGGCCUUCGCCAUCUACCUGGAGCCCUGGCACUUGGACAUCUUUGAUUUCCUUGACCUGAAGAAGAACACCGGGAAGGAAGAGCAGAGGGCCCGGGACCUCUUCUACGCGCUCUGGAUCCCGGAUCUCUUCAUGAAGCGGGUGGAGAGCAACCAGGACUGGUCCCUGAUGUGUCCCAACGAAUGUCCGGGUCUGGAUGAGGUCUGGGGAGAAGACUUUGAGCGUCUCUACGAAAGAAAAACGGGACAGGUUCGUCAACCACAGCACCGGGGAUUUCCUGAGGAAGCCGUGACGGUGGCCGUCUGCAACCUGGCCUCCAUAGCCCUCAACAUGUACGUGACGCCGGAGCACACCUACGACUUCCAGAGGCUGGCCGAGGUCACCAAGGUCAUCGUCCGGAACCUCAACAAGAUCAUCGACAUCAACCACUACCCGGUGGUGGAGGCCGAGACCUCCAACCGGCGCCAUCGCCCCAUCGGCAUCGGGGUGCAGGGCCUGGCCGACGCCUUCAUCCUCAUGCGCUUCCCCUUCGAGAGCCCCCAGGCCCAGCGCCUCAACCAGCAGAUCUUCGAGACCAUCUACUACUGGGCGCUGGAGGCCAGCUGCGAGCUGGCCAGGGAGCAGGGGCCCUACCAGACCUACCAGGGCAGCCCCGUCAGCAGAGGGGUCCUGCAGUACGACAUGUGGAACGUGACCCCCACCGACCUCUGGGACUGGAGCGCCCUGAAGGCAAAAAUUGACCCCUUCAACGAAUCGGUGGAGCCCUACACCAGCAACAUCUACACCCGCCGGGUGCUCUCGGGGGAGUUCCAGAUAGUGAACCCCCACUUGCUGAAGGACCUGACCGAGAGGGGCCUGUGGAACGAGGAGAUGAAGAACCAGAUCAUUGCCUUCAGCGGCUCCAUCCAGAACAUCCCGGAGAUCCCCGAGGACCUGAAGCAGCUCUACAAGACGGUGUGGGAGAUCUCCCAGAAGACCAUCCUGAAGAUGGCCGCUGACCGGGGGGCCUUCAUCGACCAGAGCCAGUCUCUGAACAUCCAUAUCGCGGAGCCCAACUACGGGAAGCUGACCAGCAUGCACUUCUACGGCUGGAAACAGGGCCUGAAGACGGGGAUGUACUACCUGCGGACCAAGCCGGCGGCCAACCCCAUCCAGUUCACGCUCAACAAGGAGAAGCUGAAGGAGAAGAGCUCCAGGGAGGAGGAGGAGAAGGAGAGAAACACGGCGGCCAUGGUGUGCUCCCUGGAGAACCGGGACGAGUGCCUGAUGUGCGGGUCCUAA